GUACAAGUGUACCUAAGCUAAGUUAUGCGGGAUCUGCUAGCGGGGGGGGAACUAGACGAGACGAACCGGAAGGAAGAGUAGGAUAGCCAGUGGAGAUGAGCACGUCAUUCAAGCUAACAGAAUUUCAUAUACACAUACAAACCACUUGAUCCCCCCAUCUGUUUACAUAAACCCAAGUACCAAAUAACUAUACAAACCUUUCCAUUCUCUGUCAAUUGGAAUACUCAAUUUGACCUUCCAACUUCUUCAAGUCAUUCAUUCCCUCAUCACGUCCCAACAAACAAAUCCACACACAAUGUCAACCAACAUCACCUGGCACCCGUCCCUCUCCCGCAGCGAGCGCAACACCCUGCGCAAGCAGCGGGGCUUCACCAUCUGGUUCACAGGCCUCUCCGCGUCGGGCAAGUCGACCAUCGCGACGGCGCUCGAGCAGCACCUGCUGCAUCUUGGCCUCGCGGCCUACCGCCUCGACGGCGACAACGUCCGCUUCGGGCUCAACAAGGACCUGGGGUUCUCCGAGAAGGACAGGAAUGAGAACAUCAGGCGAAUCGCUGAGGUCGCAAAGCUCUUCGCCGACUCCUCCACAAUCGCCAUAACAUCCUUCAUAUCCCCCUACCGGGCGGACCGCGCCAUCGCCCGCGACCUCCACACCUCCUCCUCUACCACCGAAGACGAGCCCCUCCCCUUCAUCGAAGUCUUCGUCGACAUCCCGCUCGCCGAAGCCGAGAAGCGCGACCCGAAGGGUCUCUACAAGAAGGCGCGCGAGGGCAAGAUCCCCGAGUUCACGGGCAUCAGCGCGCCGUACGAGGAGCCUGAGAACCCGGAGGUCGUGAUCAAGAGCGCGGAGGUGAGCGUCGAGGAGGCAGUAAGGAGGAUCACGGAGGUUCUUGGGGAGAAGGGGCUGUUGAGGUUGGGGGGCGAGGAUGGGAGGGGGUUGGAGUACUAGAUGCUGGGAUCGUGAGUAACCUUCCAGAACCAUAUCUUCACGCCUGGAAUGAAAUGAGAAUGAAAUGAAAUGAACUGGUAUCUAGUAUGUCCAAUGUGAAUGUGUCCGUGACGUCUUCACUUCCCUCUACAACGCCCACUACCACACACAUGGAACCCUUUGCAACAUUACCAUCCCAAGCACGCGGAUAACCCGUCCCCCCGAUGCCCUUCUCCUCACACACCCCCCCCAUCCCCCUUAGACACAUCUUCCCAAAACCAAGUUCUACGAACCACACCUCCGACCUCCGACCUCCGAGCUCAACCAAAACAGACACCGGAGGUGCGGAUGGAAAAUGUUGCAGUUGGUGAGCAUGGUUAUGUGGUGAUGGCGGGACGGCGGACGGAGGGGUGGUGAUUGGGUGUGAGAUGUGUUUGUUG